AGUACAAAUAAUGGCUUCUCCAAAAAAACCAAAAAAAGUUAGGUUAGAUGAUAAAACGGAAAAUGUAUCACCUCCAUGGAAAGCCUGGUGGCACACGGAAAAGAAACGGAAGUUUUAUACGAAUGAUAAGACAAAAGAAAGUUUAUGGGAUCAUCCAAACACCCGAAAAAAUGAGGAAAAAUCUCCGGUUAAAGCGAAAACGAGAAAACGGAAAGAUGUAGAGGAAAAUAUCCAUGGGACCAUGGAUGAUGAUAAAAUGGAAGUCGAUGUGGUACCCCCGCCAAAGCGGAAGUCUAUGGAGAAGUUGGAUGAUGAAGAGUUUUCAUGGAAGAGGCCAAGAAGAUCGGACAGUUCGGAGAGAAUAACGAAAAAAGAAGACAUUCCCAGCUGCAGUGGCGUAGAAUCUCAUUCCAAUAAAAUGCUACCACGUGUUCCAUGGUCUUCUGAAGUUCGACCAUUCAAAGAUUUGCAUUAUCGUGCGUGUGCCAUAUUCGAUACCUGUGCUCUUCUGGGAAAUCCUGAUGUUCUCAAUGCUUCCAUCGAAAAACAAAUUCUCACAGUCAUUCCAUAUUUUACAUUAUCUGAGCUAGAUGGUCUUAAAAACGGAUCAGGACACACUCGAAUUGUAGCUAAUUGUGCAAAUAAUAGUAUAAAAGAUCUUCUGGAAGAGAAGAAUCAGUACUUGCAUGUCGAGACGAGCACAGAGCAACAGAUUCAGAUAAACGGCUUCAGUGCAAACACAACUGUUGUAGAUGAUUUGAUUCUAAGAACUGCAUUGCGAAUAAAAAGAGAAAUAAUGUCAAUUCCAUCUACAAUGAACCUCAAUGAUCGUGCUAUUAUACUCGUCACCGAGGAUGUGAAUCUUUCAAACAAAGCACUGACUCAUGAUCUGCACGUUGAGACAGUUAAAUCAUUCAUGGACACCAUUCAUGGUCGGAAGAAACAACAAACGGAUUCGGAUCAACUAAAUAGUUCAAGGAAGUCUUCGAAUUCUGAUAGAAGACAAACUACUAGGAAAGAACAUCAUGCUAAUUCUCAUUCUAACAAAUACACUAGCAACGACAUAAAAUACAAAAGGAACGAAGCUGUUAAAAGUGUAAAGAAACAUCGCGAAUUGGAAAGUUGGAUCAACGACUUAGCCAAAAAAGAUGCUGGUCGCAAUGCUGGUUUUGUUAAAGAAAACAAAGUAGAGGCUCCCAGAAAAUCUCGACCAUCGAUCCCACUAGCAGACGAGAUCACUCUUCAACCGUCUUCCUCAAACUCGGAAUCAUUUAAACCAAGAAAGACAUAUCCCUCAUCAACAUAUCAAUCAUCUCAAAAUGGAAACGUAGUCAAGACGACCAAGCCAAAUAGUAAUCGCCCAAAAAUUCCGUUAAGCCUUUCGGAUGACGAAUGUACCUUCAACGACAAUAUGGAUUGUUCCUGAAUAUUGUUUCCUAUUUAUAAUUAUGAUUUUUCUGCAUUCCUGCAUCCGGUCUCAUUGCAUGUACGGUGUACUUUAGUGAAUUAUUUAGUGAAUAAAUGUUUUUUAUG